CGUACGUACUGCUUCAUGUGUCUCCGUUUAGCUUCAGACAUGGCGAGAUAGUCUCACAGAUGGAUUGAUAAAUCGACUGUGGAACAGCCAUACGCUUAGUGGACCAGUUGAUUUCGUGUAGUGUUUCUUUUUCUUGUGAUUUUAUAGUCCUAUGGAAACGGAUCUUAUUGAGAAGAUGCCGUGCCACAACCAGCAGCUAAACAGUGAGAGCCCCGAGCACGCCGCGAAGCAUGUCCGCUUUGCCCGCAGCAGCACUGCUGCAGAAUCCUGUCAGGGCGAAUCAGAACUGCAUCAAAUGCAAACCCUAAACGACAUACAGCGACAAAUAGGACCCCAGCUGAAACUCUUGCCAUUAAAUGACCAAAUACGAGAACUUCAGACAAUCAUUCGUGACAAAUCUACCAGUAGAGGUGAUUUUGUGUUCUGUGCUGAUAGAUUGAUUAGGUUAGUGGUGGAAGAGGGUCUUAAUCAGCUUCCAUACAGGGAAUGCACCGUAACCACACCAACAGGACACAAAUACGAGGGUGUUAAGUUUGAAAAAGGAAACUGUGGGGUUAGCAUCAUGAGGAGUGGUGAGGCCAUGGAGCAAGGCCUGAGAGAUUGCUGCAGGUCCAUCCGUAUUGGUAAGAUUCUGAUCCAGAGCGAUGAGGAAACGCAAAAGGCCAAAGUUUACUAUGCAAAAUUUCCUCCUGACAUUAGCCGAAGGAAGGUUCUGCUCAUGUAUCCCAUCCUUAGUACAGGAAACACUGUGAUAGAAGCGGUGCGGGUGUUAAAUGAACAUGGCCUGCAGGCCAAACACAUCAUACUACUGAGUCUCUUCUCCACUCCACACGGGGCACUGUCCAUUAUUCAGGAGUUUCCUGAUAUCACCAUACUGACAACUGAAGUCCAUGCUGUUGCUCCGACACACUUCGGCCAGAGGUAUUUUGGCACAGACUGACACACCACCAAUUACUCGAUUCAGCUGAAGCAGCUUGCGUGUGUUUAUCAUCCAGCCAGUAAAGCCUGACCAGCCCACAGCGAGUGUCUGUGUGAUUGGUUAAUCAGGAUUGUCUCUGUAUUCUUAUUGGUACUGUAUUUUGUCUGUUAAAUAUUUUGGGUUCAUUUGGUCCAUUUUUGUUCAUCCCAGACCCUACCAGGACUAUUAAAUAUUGAGAAGAAAACUGUGUUCUAGACUAUGACUGAACAUCAAAGGUGAUGCAAACAAGAAAAUACAAAUAGAAAGUUUUCUAUUAAACAAUUUGUCCAUUAUUACUAUUUUUACAUAAUAACAGUGUCACAAAUGUCAUAACGCAAUAGAAUCCACUGCCAAAACAGAAUUAAACAUUUAAUCACAAAAUGAAUUCAAGACAUUCAGUCAGCAGAUAUGCCUGAUAAAGUGCUUCCACACCCUGAUCAGUAAAAGAGAGGUUUUGGAGACCUGAUCUGUCCUGCAGGAAGGGUUUCAAGUGAAAACUGAGCAUACAGGCAGGUGUUCACCCUCACACUCCCAUCUCCCCGUGGGCUGCCUGCCACUCCUGAAAGCUUAACCUGUGUUUGAGAUCUUUCUAGAAAUCACCCCAGUCCACAGACUUACAGUGGCAAUGUUACAUGACACAUUCUGGCAACCUAGAAUGGCAAAGGUGUAGUGUGGGUGAAUAGUUCAAAUUCUCCUGUGUUUGAACAACUUCACACCAGCUUUGAAAGUGUCCUUGAAAAUGAGAACAUGCACUUCUCAUACCUUAUAUCAUUACUGCUAGUCAUCUGCUGCUAUAGUAACCGAGACACCCUCAGGUGAGUCUGACAUGAGAACAGAAUGAAAGAGACAAAUGACUCAAAUCAAUGUUUGGUGAGGAUGUGCAGCCAUGAUUUUUCCUCCAGGGGGCAGUGUAAACCUGCAGUUCAAGCCUCCCUAUCCCAACUCUUUACAAUAUUGCAAAAUAAAAUACUCCAUAUUAAGAUUUAUUUUUAUGUUUUCUACUUUUUAAAAAAAAUAUCUCAAUUUCAAGGUGUUUGUAGUAUUCUUGAAAUUCCAGGUAGUCAAAAUCAAAGUCAAUUCAGACUGUGCUUUACAUCAGUGCAGAUGCACCAACCUGCUACCAAUAUUGAGCAAGCUCUGCACUGGUGGUGACACGGUUCCGUAACUGAGUCCUGAGGAGGAGACAGUCCUGGCGCUUGCUGGACACUCUGGGACGUCCUGAAGCCUUCUUCAUUGAAGUUCUUGAUGAUCCGGUAAAUUAUUUUUUCAGGUGCAAUAUUCUUUGCAGCAAUUUCCUUGCAUCUGAGGCCAUUUUGAUACAAAACGGUGAUGGCUGCACAUCUUUCUUCAGAGGUAACCAUUGCUAAAAAGAACACAAUGAUUGGAAGCACUUCGUCCCUCCUUUUAUAGCACUCAGUCUGCUCUUAUAAUCCAAUCAGUAUGAUAGAGUGAUUUCACCUGACUAGUACUCAUUCACACUUUCCAAGGUGCUGCUGAUAUGAUUAGUGAAAUUAUGCUAGCUGGUCAUUUUGUGCCAGGGCCAAAAAACAGUGAAAUUUGGGUGUUUGUGAUAGUAAUUUUUUUUGGCCAAUGAAGCUUUUUGCAAUUAUUUUAAAUGCAUCUGAUCACUCACAUUGUUUAUAGAUUAUUGUGCAAUCAACACAACAACUGAAACAGAAAACUUUGUGAAACACAAAAUUGAUGUCACAGUAUAAUCACACAAUACAUUUGGCCAUGGCUGUACAGAGAGAGAGACCACAGGAGUGAAGGAGUGUUGUGCUCAGACCACAGGAUCUAUUCUCAUUAAACUAUAAUAAAAGCCCCAGUGGAAUCAGACACACACACAGUCAAGUCCUUCUUUCACUCCAACUCACUCUCUCACACACAAACCUGAACUUUAAUCAAAGGCUGGGAACUUAAUAUUGACACAGACCGCAACUCAUUUGAGAAGAUUCACUCUGUCCACUCAAAUAAUUGUGACCAAGCACUUAAAUAACAUACUGUAAUUAUCACAAACACACAGAUCACAUUUCUACAUCUCCCUUUCAGUAAGGGAAGUGUGCGUAGAUGUGUGGCAGAUGCACUGAUACACACACAGAAAUGGAGAGGGGUAGAGAGAUGGAGAGGGAAUGCUUCUUACAUAUGGCAGACUGAACAAUGAUGUCAGUGAUCUGGUUUUAUCAAUUGGCAGUUGAUGACAGAACCUGAUAGCUGAGAUGAACACACAAACAGCCAGAUAAAUAAAGGUACUCAAACAUUUCCCUUAAUGGAAUUCCUCUUUAAAUAAAGACUGUUGCAUCUAUAAAAGUUUUUAAUUCAUCUGGUUAUCUUGAAUAUCUACUUGUGAAAAUACCUAUUAAUUUAAAAGCAUUUUGGACUUUGAUUUCUUGGUCUUUUUUGCAUACUUAAAAAUGGCUUUAAAACUUGCAAAUGCAAAACCCAAUUCCCAUUGUUUGGAUUACAGAUCUCUACUAGCCUUUCUGGUAAAAUAAUGUUUUUGUUUGUGGAUUAGUUUCCCAGUAGCAGUGUUAAUCUCAUCGAUUAAAUUACUGAUGAAAAUAUUUUAUGAUUUUGGCAACUACAGUAUAAAGACAAAAUGAAAAAGAUUAUGACGAUAAUUAAACUAUUUUAAUUCAAACAUACUGUUGGCGAAAAGUAGAAAAUACAGCAAGAUAUUAACAGUACACAAUCAGAAAAAGAAACACCUAGAAAGAAUUUAUUCAUAUAGGCCUACUCCAAAUUUGAGCUGUGUGACCAAAGAGCUGAACGGCAACAAAACUAGCCACUUUACAAAUAAGUUAAUUACCUCAGUCAAACGCAUGCUACUUAUACAUGAUUAAUCACUAUAUAAACAAUAUAUACUGUAUGUAGUAUAACUUAUUUCAUGUCACUCUGGAAUACUCAAUUCUGAUUGGUCAAUGGUGUCAUCUAGUGAUCUGAUAUCUCUUGAGUAACAACCGCACAUCUGGGGAUUGGGAGUCAUCUUUCCUGCUUCAUGGAUAACUGUGCAAUCUCUACAAGUAAGCUAAUAAAAAUAUUUAAAUCUAUGUUUUAUGUGUAUUUAUUUAUUUGGCAAGUAGUCUUUUAAUGAGCUGGAUAAUGAGCAGUCAGACAGUCAUUUUCACAA